AUGUCCGACGAUCCUCAAGACUGCGGUGAGGGCGUUUCCGCGUACAUCGAUGACGUCUCUGAGGAUAGAGGAGUCCUCUACUACUAUAUCUGCGGAGGCAACGCGCAACAUUUCGGCGAAUGGCGUCUCGAAUCAGGUGUCAGCGAGCACCUCAUCGCCCGGUUCUGGAGCCGCGAAGCCUGGCUGCAGCUUUGGCUACCACACCGACUCCACCUUCGCCCUGCAGCUUACAAUCCAGAGCCCAUAAAUGUCAUCUCCGGCGCCAUGGCCGCGGUAGGACUUGACGACCCAGAAGGGCAGGACGUCGGAGACGAAGGCGAGAUUACAGAUGAGGACAUCGCGCGGGUCAACGAGAACUGGGAGAAGAAUGGAGUGGAAUUUCCACCUUUAUUUGCAGGUUCUGGUGCUGGUCGAGAGGAACAAGAGCCACGUAGCGACGCAAAGCGCAUGGUGGACUCUAUAGGCGACAUGAAAAUAGAGGACUCGUAA